ACUUUUUUGCUUUCUCUUCCCUCCAAUCUCUCUCUCUCAUCUCACCUCUCUACAAAUAAAAUCUUUAUUAUUGAGAAUCAUAAAAUUUUGGCCUCCCUGGAUCUCUGACCCUCUUGUCUGAUCAUCCACACCAUCCUCUUAAUUCAUCAUAAACCCCCUUGUCAUCUAAAUUUGGUGAACUUAGAAAUAUACUCACAAAACCUAUUUAUCCAUAUCUAUUGUCAUCUACUGUUCCUUUCACCUAGCUGCUAUAAUAUAGGACCACUAUAUAUAUAUCUACCAAAUAAGCUUCAAGUUGGUAUAUAUCUUAUAUAUUUAGGGUACAUAGUUUUUGAGUGUGUUAAUUUCAAGGGAAAAACAAGCAAGAUGACUCCAGCAAAUUUAGCAGGACAGUUUGGAGACACAACUUACACUAAAGUGUUUGUUGGAGGUUUGGCUUGGGAAACACAGAAGGAAACUAUGAAGAAGUAUUUUGAGCAGUUUGGUGACAUCUUGGAAGCUGUUGUUAUUACUGAUAAGACUACUGGAAGAUCCAAAGGCUAUGGCUUUGUAACUUUUCGAGAACCGGAUGCAGCCAUGAGAGCUUGUGUGGAUGCUGCACCUGUGAUUGAUGGAAGGAGAGCUAAUUGCAAUCUGGCUUCUCUUGGUGUGCAGAGAUCCAAGCCCUCCACUCCCAAACAUGGUGGAGGCAGGAACUUGAGGGUGAUGAGCAGUUUCCAGGCGACAGGGUUUCAAAGUGGAAUGGGAGGUGCUUUUCCUUCUGCAACAACCUACCCUCAUUAUGCCAUUCCACAAGGCAUCCCUUACAACCUUUAUGGGUACUCACCAUACUCGGCCGAUUACACUUAUCCCACGAAUUACUAUGGUGUGUAUGGAGGAGCAGCUGCUCAAUAUCCUAUGUACGGAGGAGGGGGCGGUGGAAUGAUCACCGGGGCAGCUGCAGCGGCGGCGGCUUUCUACCCCUAUCUGAACUUCGGUGAGGGAACUACAGGAGGAGGUACCGGCUACACCGGGGGCCAAAGCUACGGCGUUCAGUACCCGCACCAUCAGCUCUAUCAGUAUUCGGCACUCAACUCAGCUGCUGCCGGAUAUCCACACCAUUAUGGUGCUCCUAUGUCUCUCGCAACUACUCCCGGAAUGCAAUCAGUUUGUUUUGCUGUGCCACAGGCGUGACAGUGGCUCUCCCAGCACCAGUUCCUCAUCAUUAAGAGAUUCAUCAUCCGUUACGUACUCCUGCACCCUACUUCACUUUUAUCUUCAGAAGCUCAUGCAUUUCUGAACAAACAUGCAAGACCUUUGGCCUUAACCAUGGUUCUCCCUCCGUCUCUCUCUCCCAUUUUCAUUCUCUCUCCCUCUUUAUCUCUCUCCAAGGAGGCUCAUGAUGAAUGGCAUACAGGCCUUCCCACAAAUAUGAAAACCCCCCAUAGGGGUUACCUCAAAUUUCGGAGAAAAAACAAACUUCUCCUUCAUGGCUUCUCUUCAUAGGAAUAAGGUUUUCCUCCAAGAGAAACAAAAAGCAUAUGUGCAUGUGCAUUUCACCAACUUGGGCUAAACAGCCAAUUUGGUUCCAGUAUCACUAACUUCAACUCUUGGCCUUGGAAAGGCUAGGAAAUUUAACACUAGACAUGAUUCGGCCAAGGAUUGGCUAAAUUCACAAUACAGCCCUGUUUUUAAAAUCAUGUUUGAUCAACAUCACCAUCAAGUGAAAUGAUAGGUCAAGUACUUCAAAGUUCAAAAUGUUGUUCUUCUAUUGGCUGAUUUUCAAAUAUUUUUCCUUCUUUUUUCCAAAACUGAUCAUAGUAGUAGCUAGUUGAGUCAACUACUGGGCACAUGGGAUGUCCCCAGUUUUUGUCUUGUGUUAAUUUCAACUCUCUGGUCUUAAGAUUUUUAAAAAACUGUGACUAGUCUGUUUUUUUCCUACUAAAGUUUUUUUUAGCCUUUUUAAAAUUCUCUAAUGCCAACAAAAACUUUCAUCUCUCUUUAAGGUAAGGAGAAAUGAUUGAUUUUUCAUUAACCACUGCAUUUUAAUUAUGUGUAUAAUUUGUAAAUUCAGCUUGGCUAAACUAUGGGAGUUAUAGCCAAAAUCACCACAAUAAUAGGUGGGAUUUUGUGUCUUUUUUUUCAAAAUUUUCACUUUGCAUUUAGCUAGCUAGGUUUAACAAACAUGUAAAAGGUCCACUAAUGGGUGUGGUACUUUUUACAAAUGCAUCCAAAAGUAACCCUUGAGAGAUAUUUUGACACUCUUGGGUUAUUUUCUUCUGACAUCUUGAUCAACCAUGGUUAGGACUCUCUGGUCAACUUCAUCACUCUCUCUCCCUCUCUCCUCUCUCUAGAUCUCCAUCCUCUCCUACUUCAGCUGAACUUAAGUUUACUUUGAGAUGCAAGUACUUGAUAAUACUCUUAAGUAUGUUAUGUAUCAGCUUAUAUGCAUGCUUUGUAUUGUAACUAGGAUUAAUUACUGCUUAUCAACUUAAAAUAUUCAUUCUUCAUCCAUGGAGGCAUGGAGAAUGGAUAGUAAUAUCUACUUAUCCUUUGUUUAAAUAAAUAAUCUAGUAACUACCAUGCUUGUUAUAAUAUGCUUAGUCUUUUAUUGAGUGGA